GUUCCGAAGGCUGAGGGGCAGCGGCUGGGUGUCAAGAAGGGGUUGCCGAGCGGGCCUGUGGCGAGGCGGGGUGGGCAGCCGGCACCAUGUCGAGGCAGGCGAACCGUGGCACCGAGAGCAAGAAAAUGAGUUAUUGUGAGGUGGAAAAUGAGAUGACUAAAAAUAGAUUGCAGAAUGUAAACAAAAAGCAUUCACAGUAUUCUUACAGUGACCUCACCUGCAGGCCAUGGGGAUGAGAGCUCUGAGCUCUUCACCCUGACCUAUGGCGCUCUGGUCACCCAGCUAUGCAAGGACUAUGAAAAUGAUGAAGAUGUGAAUAAACAGCUGGAUAAAAUGGGCUAUAACAUUGGAGUCCGACUGAUUGAAGAUUUCUUGGCACGGUCAAAUGUUGGAAGGUGCCAUGACUUUCGGGAAACUGCAGAUGUUAUCGCCAAGGUGGCAUUCAAGAUGUACUUGGGCAUCACUCCAAGCAUCACCAAUUGGAGCCCAGCUGGUGAUGAAUUCUCCCUCAUUUUGGAAAAUAACCCCUUGGUGGACUUUGUGGAACUUCCUGAUAACCACUCAUCUCUUAUUUAUUCCAAUCUCUUGUGUGGGGUGUUACGGGGAGCCUUGGAGAUGGUCCAGAUGGCUGUGGAGGCCAAGUUUGUCCAAGACACCCUGAAAGGAGACGGUGUGACAGAAAUCCGGAUGAGGUUCAUCAGGCGGAUUGAAGACAAUCUCCCAGCUGGAGAGGAGUGACCGUCCCCAGGACUUCAGGGUAGCCAGCAGGAGCACUUGUUGGAACCAGAAAGCCUCAGCGCUCUCUCUGCCCUGUAGAACUCAGUGACUCUUUAACACGGAUGUUAUAUAUUCUUCUAACCUUGUUUCCAUUCUCCAUGCUAGCUAGGAAAGAGCAGACUGCGACAUAGUCCAUUUACUCCACAAGUGUGCACAUUCAGGAGGGAAAUUCUUUGCUUCCUCUCCCUUCAGAGGGGCUGGAUGUAGUCAUCCUUGGUUGGACUAGAAAGAGCUCAACCAUUUUACAUUCCUGUUUGAAUUUUCCAAAGCAAAACUCACUUUGACUCCAUUAAGAGGCAAGCCUAGAACAUCUAUCCCUGGACCUUCAGAAAGCCAUUGGGAAAUGGCUGUAGGGGACCCAGGUUGUGGAAUGGGGAGAAGGGGCGGCAAGGGGUGGGUAAGAGUUGUUAGCUGCAGUGCGACACACUCUAGUGCUUGCCAGGAAAGGGGAGCCAGUCGUGCUGGGAACACCGACUCCUGGGAGGCUACCCCGGUUUCUUGUUACUCCCUGCUGUUUGGAGGCAACAUCUCCUCUUUUUACAGACGGUUCAUCCUUUUUUUCUUACAAAUUCUUCAAUAAAGACACAUUCUUGAGUGAAAUUCCA